CUGUGAAUCUUUUCAUGAAGGGUCCAAAAAGUCAGUAGACCCAACACUGCCAGACUAAUGACUUUCCGUGUAAGGUUCAAUAUAAUCUAUAUUCCAUGAAAUAGAAUUUUAAACCUCAUAAAUAAUCCUUAAUUUUGUAAAAACUUGGGGAAUCCAUGGGAAAAAUGCGAGGAAAACUACGUAUCAUCUUCUUUGAACAUCACCUCUCAUGUUUCAUGACUUGGAUACAACAAUUAUUUAUUCAUGUGACGGACUCAGGUGACAGACUGCUGAACUUAAAUGUACGAAAGCACAAGAGCAGGACUGAGAUAGCUUUUCAAUACAAGAGCCACAAAGAUCCUGGUUAAACAAAAAUGGUUCAUGUUACAUCUUAGCAACCUAAAGGUGACUUACAGGGCAAGCGUGCCUCACUGUUGUAGAAAGCAACCGGUGUUAAGGGAAAAAGACCGCACCCACAGAGAGAACAGACACGUAAACAAGUGCAGUACUGUUCUAGCUUGCUCGAUCACAGACAACCAAUGAUUUCUACAACAUCCAGCACAGCAGAGAUGGUCACACAGGAUAAACUGCAGAAAAAUGAUGGCAUUAUUGAAGGUAAAUACUUUUUAUAACCCAUUCUGAAUGUUUAUUUUUAGAAUAAGGGAUAUAAAAUAAGGGCUGAUUUUUCUUCCAAGAAACCUUAUGUUAAAGAGUCCAGAAUUGUAGGAGUUGCAUAGGACAGCUGUGCUGUGUAAAAGUCUUGUGCCUCACUUCAUUUCUUUCUAAUUUGCUAGGGAAAUGUGUACAGUAAAAGAUAUAAAAAUGUGUGAAAGUGGGAGUAUAGUAUAUACUGUAAGGCAAAAGCACUUUUCUCUACAUCUAAGGGAUUUAUUUCUAUUUAACAUUGGGAGCAAUUCGGGGUUCAGUAUUGUGCCGGGGGAGCCAUCCCUGGAGCAGCUAGGAUUGCUCCACCAACGUUCUGAUUAACAGAUGUCCCCGCUCUACAUCCUGAGCAACAUCCACCCCUAAAUAUAUUAUUCUUCAGCAUUCCUUAAGUAGUCCUCAGGAAUCCUGGCUUCGUAAAGGACAUUCAAAGCCCUUCUUUGGAUGCUGGCUGUCUUUUGUUCCAUUCCUACACUGCUUCAGUGAUAUUGAGGUCCAGGCUUUGGGGAGGCCAAUACAUCACCAGUAGGGUUGAAUUGUGCAUUUUUCUAUUUAAGCCAAACAUACUGUAAACACGUUUAGUGCAUUUACACUGUGCUUAGAUCAAAAUCUGAUAGUACUUUUCACAUGCAUUCAUCAGUUUUGACAAGAUCUCCAACACCACUAGAUGAAAUGCAGACCCAAACUAUUGCAAAGUCUCCACCAUGUUUAACAGAUGGCUGUAGACACUGAAUUCAAAUCACAAUUUUCCAAUUUGGAUUCAUUUCUCCAUAUGAUCUGUUGCCACUGAUUUUCCACUUCUUCUUUUGUACUUGUUCACUUUUAAGGACACACUACGCAGAAAUAUGCCAAGUGUUUGGUUUAAGUUGUGUUUCAUGUGUAGGUACAACACUGGUCCAUCCCUUGAGUUAGGGUCCUUUUUAUGCUUGAAUAAUUCAUACAUUAGCAUUAUGUAGCAUGACAAAAAAGAAAAAAAAAUGAGGACUGGACAGAAAAUGAGAGGAAAAGCAGCCAAUGUCCAAAGAAAACCUUAGACAUGCCUUCACAUGCCUGGUGAAAUGUUUCUCAGGACAAAAUAUAAAGAAAUGAUGGGUGGCUCAAGACUUUUGUAAGUAAAUUUGAUAAGAAUACCGGCUCUUCAGUGCACAGCAUAGAUAUUUAAAUAUUUUAUUUUUUGCCUAUAAUUUGUACUGGGCUAUUUUUAUAGUAAUAUUUUAACACAUUAAUCAUAGCUCCAAAAACUGUGAAAAGGAGGAAAGCAGUGAAUUAAUAAUUACCAUAUAUUUACCCAAAUAUCCUUAACCUACAUAAUCAUUUGGCAUAUUAAUUUAAUAUACAUCUUAAUCACAUUCUAUUUUAACAUCACUUAUUGCAUUUCAAUAACAUGGCCUUUCAUUAGAAAAGCAUUAGUCGUCACCAUUUAUCAUAAUUGGCUGGCGUAUUUUUAAUAUUAGAAGUAAAUAAAUUAAAUUAUCCGUAGUUAUGUAUUAGCUUUGUGUCUUGUUUAAAAGAUUCACCUGAAAGUCUUCCUGAAAAGACUUUUUUUUCUCUCCCACCCUGUAUAUGACACAGAGAGUGACAUCUCAGUGUUUUAAUGAUGAUAUUUGAAUAGCUCAGUGAGUUUGCACAACACUUUGUGACUUAUGUGGAUUUUAAGCUACGUGCCUUCCCUUAGAAAUUAUUUACAUCAUUAGUGAAAUAGGAGCAGUGUAGAUCCAUUACAUCUCUCGGCACUAAUGUUCUAUGUCACCUUUAAUAAAAGGUGGCGUCCCAGUGGAGCAUAUUACUGGAUAAUUAUGUCAUCAAAGUAACACCAAGAACUUAUGGUUUGAAUUUAAAUGUGAAAUGAAGCUAUGAAAAAAAAAAAAAGCAAGAUAUUGUACAUACCCUGCACUUUAAAGACUUGUAAAGUGCUUCUGCUCUUUUUGCAGAUAAAAACUCAGGGAAACUGGGAUGCUGUGGUUGGCUGUUGGUUUUCAUAUCCAUCAUCUUUGUAAUAGUAACCUUUCCACUCACAAUAUUUAUGUGUGUCAAGAUAGUGAAGGAGUAUGAGCGAGCUGUCAUCUUUAGACUCGGCCGGAUCACAGACAAAAAAGCUAAAGGGCCAGGACUUUUCCUAAUAUUACCCUGCACCGAUAACUUUGUGAAAGUAGAUCUGAGAACUGUGUCCUUUGAUAUCCCUCCUCAAGAGAUCCUAACGAAAGACUCUGUGACAGUGUCUGUGGAUGGUGUGGUUUACUUCCGCGUAUACUGCCCCAUUUCAGCGGUGGCUAAUGUGACCAAUGCGCACUCAUCUACUCGACUGCUUGCUCAAACCACUCUGAGGAAUGUCCUUGGUACCAAAAACCUUGCAGAACUUCUAUCUGACAGAGAGGGCAUUUCACUCAGUAUGCAAGAAGCCCUGGAUGAAGCCACUCAUCCAUGGGGUAUCAAAGUGGAGCGUGUAGAGAUCAAAGAUGUGAAGUUGCCUCAUCAGCUGCAGCGAGCCAUGGCAGCAGAGGCUGAAGCCAGCCGGGAGGCCAGGGCCAAGAUCAUUGCUGCAGAGGGGGAGAUGAAUGCUUCCAGGGCUCUGAAAGAAGCCUCUCUGGUAAUGGCUGACUCACCCUCAGCUCUCCAGCUAAGAUACCUUCAGACUCUCAACACCAUCGCAGCAGAGAAGAACUCCACCAUCAUCUUCCCUCUGCCAAUAGAUAUAAUACAACAUUUCAUGCAUUGGAAGGCAUGAAUCUCAUGUCAACCAAGUUGCAUAUAAUUCAAAUCAAGUCAGAUUGUCGCAGAUUUGUUUUGUUUUUUUGCAAUAUUACCAUGUUUACAUUUAGAAAGCU